AUGGUCACCACUCGAGCUCGCAAGAAGGCGGUCCUCGCCCAAGAGGAAGCGGAAGUUGCUCGGAAGUUGCUGCUGCCGUUUCGGCUACUCGACCUUCCAGCUGAGAUAAUCGGCAACAUCUCUGAUUACCUUGACGAUCAAGACCUUAUCAAUGUACGCCGAGUAUGUCGCGCACUUACCGCCCAUUCGGUCAACGCUUUCGGGCAGCGGUUCUUCGGGCACCUCGUCGUCAUCCUACAUCCGACCAGUCUCAUGACCCUCUUCGAGAUCAGCCGCCACAAGACACUAUCAAUAUACGUACACCAAGUGACUGUGAGCGGCGAGCGAAUCGGAUACGCGAUACCUCUCACUGUGAACCAAGAGAAGCAUAAGGACCUGCAAACGAGCGUCGAACAGUCUCACAUGGAUCUCUUGAUCCUUACUGAGGUCUUGCGAGAGUUGAAGAACUUGCAAAUUGUUCGCGUCGACAAAUCUAGUUUCCAACAUUCACUGUUUCGGACGGACAAAGCUACUAUCAAGUGUGGCCGAGCGUCGAUGUUCGACAAGUACUCUGUGGCCUGGAAAAAGGUGGACGACAAUAGCUACAAUCGAGUGUACGGGUUGACCUUGCAAGCACUGACACAAGCUCAAGUGGAGGAAAAGGUUGAGCUGGAUCUCGAACUCUGGAACCCUAGCUGGCCACAGAAAACGUUCAAGUACUUCGACAUCGAGUCAAUAUGCUGGCGCGAAAGUUUGUGCAACCGGUUGCGAUGCCUCUCAAUUACUGGCGGAAUGGAUCGUGAUUGGAUUGGGAGACUACUGAGCUUGAGCACCGGUAUCACCAAACUUGAACUCAGGCUGACCAUCAAGGUGUUGUUCCUGGCAUGCGAGCAAACCGGGGCCUUGUCUUUCCCCAGUCUUCGAAACCUGAGCAUCUUUUCAACCGUGAUCCAUCACGAGGAAUGGCUCGGUUUCCUGCGACUGCAUGCACCGGUACUGGAGAAAGUCGAACUUCUUUCCGUGGGCCUCCAGCAUGGGACAUGGCACCAAUCCUUAGAGAUACUUGAGUCUAUGCCUCGCCUUGAUAGCCUCGUUCUGGAGAAGCUCUGGGAGCAGGCGCCUUACCAGAGCUCUUCGGAGGUUCCUCUGGUACCCCCCCGAUCGCAACCCCGGAAGGUUGUCACUUCACAACCAGAGGAAGAUCAGAGCAGCGCUCAUUCAGAGAGUGCUGUGGUAGAGCAGAUGUGA